CUCUUCUUUCUCUCUCCUUUUGCAUGAAUUUCUCUUAAAACUUUCAGGUAUCACUUUUUUUUUUUAAGUGAGUGUAGCCAGCUUUGAGGAGGGGAGGAGGGGAACAAAUAACCAAAUAAUACCCGAAAGCAGUUCCCGAAACGGUGCGGUGUUAGAUAGAGGCGUGAGCACCGGAAGAACAGAAUUGCAUCUGCUCAACUAAAUGUUUUCCUACUUCAGUUUUGGAAGCAUCUCCUCCCCCUCCCCCCUCCCGCCACCCCCAAGAAACAGACAGAAAGCCUCUGGACAGGGCUACCGUGGAAGUCUAGGCUAACAGACUGAACGGACUGAGUCCGCCACCUAGUGGUAGGUUAUGGUCAAGGUUCCUGCUCGGAGCGAGCGGUGGUCUGAUCUGAUCAGCCAGAACUGAUGGGAAGGGCAUUCUCCAACGAAGAUGGCAUUUGACUUUCAAAGUUUUGACAAGACAGAUGAAAACCAUAUGCUCACGCCGUCCACAUCCACACUCGCUCAGUCUUAAAUAUCUAUCUCAACUAAGAAACGGUCUUGUCUUUGAGGACAUCUGUGACUUCACGGACAAAGUUGGUAGCUGAAAAAGAUGACACUCGAAACCCUCAGGAUCUUUAGGAUUUUACUUCGUCGUUGUUUUUGUGGAAUUAGGCCGAACAUUUUAAAGCAAAAUUUUGGACUGUGAAGCAAGGCAUUGGGCGAAGACAACAUGGCCUCGCCGGCUGACAGCUGCAUUCAGUUCACCCGCCAUGCGAGUGAUGUUCUUCUUAACCUUAAUCGUCUCCGGAGUCGGGACAUCUUGACGGAUGUUGUCAUUGUGGUGAGCCGUGAACAGUUCAGAGCCCAUAAGACAGUGCUCAUGGCCUGCAGCGGCCUCUUCUACAGCAUCUUCACUGACCAGUUGAAGUGCAACCUUAGCGUAAUCAAUCUGGAUCCUGAGAUCAACCCUGAGGGGUUCUGCAUCCUCUUGGACUUCAUGUAUACAUCUAGGCUCAACCUGCGGGAAGGAAACAUAAUGGCUGUGAUGGCUACAGCCAUGUACCUGCAGAUGGAACACGUUGUGGACACGUGCAGGAAGUUCAUCAAGGCCAGCGAAGCAGAAAUGGCCCCAGCACUUAAGCCUCCCCGAGAAGAGUUCCUGAACAGCCGGAUGCUGAUGCCCCAUGACAUCAUGGCCUACAGAGGGCGUGAGGUCGUGGAGAACAACCUGUCGCUAAGAAAUCCUCCUGGGUGUGAGAGCAGAGCCUUUCCCCCUAGCCUCUACAGUGGCCUGUCUACACCGCCAGCCUCGUAUCCUAUGUACAGCCACCUCCCACUCAGCAGCUUCCUUUUCUCUGAUGAAGAGCUACGAGAUGCCCAUGCCCGCAUGCCUGUGGCCAACCACUUCCCCAAGGAACGGACCCUCUCCUGCGACAGUGCCAGGCCAGUCCCCGGUGAAUAUAGCAGACCGGCCAUGGAGGUGUCCCCCAGCUUGUGCCACAGCAACAUCUACUCAACCAAGGAGGCAGUCCCAGAGGAGGCACGGAGUGACAUGCACUACAGUGUGACUGAGGGCCCCAAGCCUGCUGCCCCCUCUGCCCGGAAUGCCCCAUACUUCCCCUGUGACAAGGCCAGCAAAGAAGAAGAGAGACCCUCUUCGGAGGAUGAAAUCGCCCUGCAUUUCGAGCCCCCUAAUGCACCCUUGAACCGGAAGGGUCUGGUUAGUCCCCAGAGUCCCCAGAAAUCUGACUGCCAGCCCAACUCACCCACAGAGUCCUGCAGUAGCAAGAACGCCUGCAUCCUUCAGGCCUCUGGCUCCCCUCCAGCCAAGAGCCCCACUGACCCGAAAGCUUGCAACUGGAAGAAAUAUAAGUUCAUUGUGCUCAACAGCCUCAACCAGAAUGCCAAAUCAGAGGGCACUGAGCAGGCAGAGCUGGGCCGCCUCUCCCCUCGAGUCUACCCAGCCCCACCUGUCUGCCAGCCACCUUUGGAGCCUGAGAACCUUGGUCUCCAGUCCCCAACCAAGCUCAGUGUGAACGGAGAGGACUCAACUAUCCCCCAAGCCAGCCGACUGAAUAACAUCGUGAACAGGUCCCUGACAGGCUCCCCCCGAAGCAGCAGUGAGAGCCACUCGCCACUUUACAUGCACCCCCCAAAGUGCACGUCCUGUGGCUCCCAGUCCCCACAGCAUACAGAGAUGUGUCUCCAUACUGCUGGGCCCACGUUCCCCGAGGAGAUGGGAGAGACUCACUCAGAGUACUCAGAUUCCAGCUGUGAGAACGGGGCCUUCUUCUGCAAUGAAUGUGACUGCCGCUUCUCCGAGGAGGCCUCACUCAAGAGGCACACACUGCAGACGCACAGCGACAAACCGUACAAGUGUGACCGCUGCCAGGCUUCCUUCCGCUACAAAGGCAACCUCGCCAGUCACAAGACCGUCCACACGGGUGAGAAGCCCUACCGCUGUAACAUCUGUGGAGCGCAGUUCAAUCGGCCAGCCAACCUGAAGACCCACACUCGAAUUCACUCUGGAGAAAAGCCCUACAAGUGUGAAACCUGUGGGGCCAGGUUUGUGCAGGUGGCCCACCUCCGUGCCCACGUGCUCAUCCACACGGGAGAGAAGCCGUACCCCUGUGAAAUCUGUGGCACUCGCUUCAGGCACCUUCAGACUCUAAAGAGCCACCUGCGCAUCCACACAGGAGAGAAACCUUACCAUUGUGAGAAGUGCAACCUACACUUCCGUCACAAAAGCCAACUGCGACUUCACCUGCGCCAGAAGCAUGGCGCCAUCACCAACACCAAGGUGCAAUAUCGCGUGUCGGCUGCUGACCUGCCUCCGGAGCUCCCCAAAGCCUGCUGAAGCAUGGAGUGUUGACUCUUUUCUCCCUAGCCCUUUCUCAGAACCUCCCCAAAGGAUGCUGUAACACUUUACAAAGGUCACCCCAUGAUGUAGUGCCUCUCUCAUCCACUAGUGCAGAUCAUAGUUGGGGUGGGGGGUGGGGGUGGGGUUUGCGGGACCGGGAGCCAAGGCGGCUCCCCUUCCCACACUGCCAUACAACAUUAAGAAAAUACUAUUGCUUCUUCUCCUAUGUGUAAGGCGAACAAACCAUGUCAGCAAAAAGCAAAAUCAUCUUCUAUAUCAAAGUAGGGGAGAAGGCAAAAGUUCUGACGUGACAGGUUGCAACGCGAGGAAUGUAAACGUUCUGUGGGAACAGAAAUCUCUUUUGUAUGUAAAUGUGUAUUGUUUUCAAAGACAAGACUUCAGUAUGUUGUCAAAGAGAGGGCUUUAAUUUUUUUAACCAAAGGUGAAGGAAUAUAUGGCAGAGUUGUAAAUAUAUAAAUAUAUAUAUAUAUAAUAUAAAUAUAUAAACCUAAAAAGAUAUAUUGAAAAUAUAGAACUGCGUUAAAGGCUCGAUUUUGUAUCUGCAGGCAGACACGGAUCUGAGAAUCUAUUGAGAAAGAGCACUUCAGAGAAUAUUUUAAGUAUUGCGUCUGUAUAAGUAAGAAAAUAUUUUGUCUAAAAUGCCUCAGUGUCUUUGUAUUUUUUUGCAAGUGAAGGUUUACAAUUUAAAAAGUGUGUAUUAAAAACAAAAAAGAACAAAAAAAGCUGCAGAAGGAGAAAUGUAUACUUUUGUUCUAGUUUUCAGUUUGUAUAUACCUGUAACGUGUCCUCACGGUGCCUUUUUUCACGGAAGUUUUCAACGAUGGGCGAGCGUGCGCCGUCCCUUUCUGAAGUGUAAGCAGACACAGGGACUUGAAGUUGUCACUAACUAAACUCUCUUUGGGAAUGUCUGACUCCUCCCACAUUCUGCGUCAUGCUUGUCGUUAUAAUUACUCCGGAGACAGGGUUUGGCUGUGUCUAAACUGCAUUAUUGCGUUGUAAAAUAUAGCUGUACAAAUAUAAGAAUAAAACGUUGAAAA